AUCAUGCAUGUAAUUGCUUUUGGUGUGGAGAAAUUAGCGAAGGUUCUUCCCUAUUUCUUUCUCCCCGUUUACAUUAAAAAUGAUUUCUGGAACCGAGAUUCUGUUUACUCUAUAAAACCCAACUCAAAUUACACUCUUCAUUCAUCACUCUCUUUGUUGUUAGCUACUUAGCUUGGAGCUUGGACUUUGUAUUCGAAUUCGCAACAUUGAUUAUUUGAGAUUUAAUUUAUUUAUAAUUAGAAGAGAAGAUGAAAACUUGUAGCAAAAGUGGUACGAUUGACAGGAAAACUAUUGAAAAGAAUAGAAGAAUCCAUAUGAAAGCUCUUUGCUUCAAACUUGUUUCUCUUAUCUCUCCAACUAGUGCUGCUGGUACUGCUAGUCACAAGAAUUCCUCUAACAAGGAUAUAUGUACGCAGAUGGAUCAGUUAGAUCAUGCAGCAUACUACAUACAAAAAUUAAAAGGAAGAAUAGAUGAACUGCAGAGAAGGAAACAACAACUAGGGAUGGCAAGUAUUAGAAACAAGACUAGUCAAGACACCUAUGUUCUCCAUGAUAUUGAUGACCAUCCUCAAGACAUUAUUACUAGCAAUGUUAUUAUUAUAGCCAGUAACAAUUUGCUAAAUUUGCCGAUACUUGAAGUAAGGGACUUCGAUACUACUUUGGAAGUGGUUUUGAUAACUGCGUUGAACAAAAACGUCAUGUUCUAUGGAGUAAUCACACUUCUGGAAGAAGAAGGUGCUGAAGUUACCCAUGCUACUUUCUCUGUUGUUAAUGACAAGAUUUUCCACACAAUUCAUUCGCAGGCUACGUUUGGUGUCGAGACUUCAAGGGUAUGUGAAAGAUUGAAGCAAUUGAUCUCUUAGCCUCGGGGAAGUGUUUUCAUACUGUUAUCAACGGUUCCUUGCCCUACAGGAGCAAGAAGUCAACGAGCUAGCCUUCUUUCCAUCUGACUCGACUAGGAUCCGCAAGAAAAUCAACUAGAAUGUACUUGCAAAUUGUUUGAUUGCCAAUGGGCAAAUCAAGAAAGAUCUUUGAGUAAUAUCUAGCUUUCACUUAAAUUGGAUCGAUAUAAAGAGUGUUCAAGAAUGGUAGUCCAAUAUCUUUAAUAUGUACUGGUGGUACUGCUUUAAGGUGGCUUAUUUAUUUGUCUCU